UUUCCUACACGUCGGUUCGGGAUUAGGGGGCGCGCCGGUCCAGGCUGCGCGCGCAUCAUGAACCCUUCCUCGCGUGCGGAGCGGCGGCGAACACCUGAGAUCCUUCUGGAUCAGGUUUGACACUUCCUAGUCCCGCAACUGGACCCGCGCGGCUGCCUUGUCGUUGUGCGGAAAUGGCGGUCGUUCCGCAGCUGGUCAAAAUCGGGAUUUCGCUGAAGAUGCUUCCCAACAACACCGCCGUCUACUUCAAGUCUGACGGAGGCCGGUUCGGCCAAACCCGAACCAUCAAACUGCUGACCGGGUCCAAGUACAAGAUGGAGGUGGUGGUUAGACCCGGAGACGUCGAGGCCACGUCGAUGAGCUUGGGCGGAGUCACCUUCCCCCUGGAGCAGCAGUCCAAAGAUCCAAAGUCGGUGGUCUACACGGCUCUCUACGACACCGAGGGGGUGACCCACACCAAGAGUGGGGAGAGGCAACCUGUUCAGAUCAGCAUACAGUUCACAGAGGCGGGCAUGUUUGAGACGGUGUGGCAGGUGAAGUACUACAACUACAACAAGCGGGACCACUGCCAGUGGGGGAGCAGCUUCGACAGCAUCGAGUACGAGUGCAAACCCAACGACACGCGCACGCUCAUGUGGAUCAACAAGGAGACCUUUAUGUGAAGGGGGCAAGUGGAGGGAUCCAAGUUGUGUGUCUGUGUGUGUUUAGUCAGCUUCAACUUAGGGUGUGCCUAUGUAACUUUUUUCCCUUACAAUACUGGAGCCUUGAGUAUUUCCCCCACAUUGAUCCCAUACCAUUUCAACAAGAAUCAAACAUACUUUUAUUGUUUUGUAGUGGGGAAUGUUAGACCAGCACUAAACUGUUUAUUAUUAACAGUCUGGAAUGGACUCAUGCUGUCAUUAAGUUGAAGUGGAAUGGUAUUUUUUUUUUUUUUUGGCGACACCUCAAAUAAGCGCACGAGACUGUACGUUUGAAACAUCCCACAGGUGAAUAGGCUAAUUAGGGAACAGGUGGGUGCCAUGAUUGGGUAUAAAAGCAGCUUCCAUGAAAUGCUCAGUCAUUCACAAACAAGGAUGCGGCGAGGGUCACCACUUUGUGAACAACUGUGUGAGCAAAUUGUCCAACAGUUUAAGAACAACAUUUCUUAACGAGCUAUUGCAAGGAAUUUAGGGAUUUCACCAUCUAUGAUCCGUAAUAUCAAAAGGUUCAGAGAAUCUGGAUGAAUCACUGCACGUCAGCGAUGACAUUACAGACCUUUGAUCUCUCAGGCGGUACUGCAUCAAAAAGCGACAUCAGUGUGUAAAGGAUAUGACCACAUGAGCUCAGAAACACUUCAGAAAACCACUGUCAGUAACUAGAGUUUGUCGCUACAUCUGUUAGUGCACGUUAAAACUCUACUAUGCAAAGGGAAAGCCAUUUAUCAACAACACCCAGAAACGCCACCGGCUUCGCUGGGCUCAAGCUCGUCUAAGAUGGACUGAUGCGAAGUGGAAAAGUGUUCUGUGGUCUGACGAGGCCACAUUUUUGGAAACUGCGGAAAAUGUGUCCACUGGUAUAAAGAGGAAAAAAACCAUCCGGAUUGUUAUAGGCACAAAGUUCAAAUGCCAGCAUCUGUGAUGGUAUGGGGGUGCAUCAGUGCCCAAGGCAUGGGUAACUUACACAUCUGUGAAGGCAGGUUUUGGCGCAACGUAUGUUGCCAUCCAAGCAACGGUAUUUUUUUCUUCUUUUUUUUUGGCGAUACCUCAAAUAAGCACACGAGACUGUACGUUUGUUACUGGAUACUUUCUUAUACCCUUCUGCCUUGGAGAUGUUGUUUUUUUUCAAAUAAACAUAUCAAAUAGAAGGAGGAAAGAUCACAAAACGAACAACACACAACUUACUGUGAGUACAAACACUACUACUACUACUACUACUACUACCACUACGAGGGAAUAAUGAACAACAAAUCAAUGAUUGAAGUGAAAAACCCAAUAAUAAUAAAGUGAAAAAAUGUUUUUUGCAAAUGUUAUGAGUUUAAUACCGGGCUCAGGAUCUUUCUGUGUGGAGUUUGCAUGUUCUCCCCGUGACUGCGUAGGUUCCCUCCCACCUCCAAAAACAUGCCCCCGGGGAUAGAUUGAUUGGCAACACUAAAUUGGCCCUUUUGUGUUAAUGUGAGUGUGAAUGUUGCCUGCCUAUCUGUGUUGGCCCCGCGAUGAGGUGGCGACUUGUCCAGGGUGUACAACGCCUUUCGCCCGAAUACAGCUGAGAUAGGCUCCAGCGACCCCAAAAAGGACAGGCGGUAGGAAAUGGAUGGAUGGAUGUUAUCAAAAAUAAAAACUAACAUUCGCACCGUAACACAACAUAAACACAACAGAACAAAUACCCAGAACCCCUUGCAAGCACUAACUCUUCCGGAACUCUACAAUAUACAACCCCUGCUACCCCUCCCCCACUCAGCCCUUGCUCAAUACUUAAAUUAUGCACCUUUGGCAGCAAUUACACCCUUAAGUCUUAUAAAAUUCGAUGCCACAAGCUUGGCACACCUGGAAAUUUCGCCCAUUCAUAUUGGAUGAGAACUGUUGUUUUUUAUCCAGGAUGUCUCUGUAUAUUGCUGCAUUCCUAUUUCUCUCUAUCCCAGGGGUCACCAACCUUUUUGAAACCAAGAGCUACUUCUUGGGUACUGAUUAAUGCGAAGGGCUACCAGUUUGAUACACACUUUAAUAAAUUGCCAGAAAUAGACAAUUUGCUCAA